AUGAGCAUCCCACGGAGCGAGAUGCGCCGUUCCGGCGGUGGAAUCGAUCCAAAGGAAAGGCUGCGUAAGGAGGAAGGGAUCGUACUGUCGCCGCAGCGUCGCUCUUUCAACAUGGGCUGCCAAAUGCCGUCCGCUCCGCAACCGAGCGGCAACCUUGGACUGUCUGGGAGCCUGCUCCGAUCGGAUCGCGACCUGCUGAGUGGUCGCGAACGUCGUAUCGGUAGUGGACGCAUUUUGUCCCGUGACGUUUCUUGGGACUAUCGGCCGGACAAGGAGCUGGAGGCAGGCGAGUACCGUACCAAUAACAACAAUGGUAACAACAAUGGUACGAACAAUGCCAACUUUCGCGAUGGAAGAGACGGCGGGAAGGAUAGUCGUGAUUUGCGCGAAGGACGAGCCACCGACGCGAAGGAACCGGGUCGCGAGCGAAUGGAGCGUGGCGGUAAAGAGGGGAGUGAGCGGGACGAACGUUUCGAACGUCGUUCCGGCGGCUACGAACGGCCGGAAAAGGAAAACCCACCGCCGCGAGGCUACGGCAAAUCAUCCCGUAACAAUCAUGCCAACAAUGAUGGCCCCCAUCGGGGCGAAGGUGGCGGCUAUUAUGGGUACAACAAUUACAACCAUUACGGCUCGAAUCACGGUUCGUCGUACGGUGAACGGCGUAGGUAUAACCAUGAUCAUGGGCGCGACGAAGAACCGGAAUGGUUUAGCGAGCCGACCUCACAGCAUGACACGAUUGAGUUGCGUGGCUUUGACGAACCAUCGCCGGGCAAUGUCCAGGAUAGCGAGCAAGAAAAGGAGCCAUCGGCAUCGUCGAAGUCACUCGGCAAAUGUAGUGACAACCCAGCUGAGGAAAGAACUGAGCGCACCACCGAGUCGACCGAUAAGGAGUCGGUACGUGGGGUGGAGUAUGCCACUGGCGGUGCUAGUGAUCCGCACCGUAAGAAACAGGACCGCUCACCGGGUGAUGGAGAGAGUAACAACGGAGGCAAAGGAGUGCCGGCUCCAAAAGUGGCUACUGCCGACUUCAACAUCGAAGACAUCCUGAAACUUGAUGAUUGCGAUUUUCUCUAUAGUGUGGAGCCGACACCGGUACGCUUAUCACCAUUACCGAACGGCAUCCCACAGCGAAUUCCCUCGCCUCGGGAACUUCAAUAUCACACGCAAUCGAUAAUGCAACAUGCACUAAUCCGCAAAAAGUUAGAAGAAGCGCGCGAAAACUAUCGAAAAAGACAAGAGCAACAGCAGCAGCCACCGCCACCGCAGCAGCAGCAGCAGCAGCCGCAAACACAGCAGCAGCCACAGCAGCAGCAGCCACCGCAGCAGCAGGAACAGCAACAGCAGCAACAUCACCAACAUCAACAGCAACAUCAACAAUCGCAGCAACAACCGCAACAGCAACAUCAGCCACAAGAACAACAGAUGAAGGGCAAGGUGUGCAACAGCCAGUGCUUUUGCCGCCACAUACCUUCCAGCAGCAGCUUCUACCUUCCGAUCAACAGCAUCAUCAGAAUUCAACCGCACAACAUCAUCCGCAACAACCUACCGAACUGCAACAGCUUCUAA